CUCAACACGAAUUAGCUAUAAAACGCGCUAUAGUUCACACGCUAUAAUUCAUUCGUUUCUAUUAUUCGUGAGAAAGAACAAUAAAAAAAAAUAUCAUGAAAAGUAUACUAUUUGUACUCGGUAUAUUCCUUGUUUUCGGAUCAUCACUUUCGAUCAAUUUGGACGAUUCAAGCGAAAAUGGACAUGCGAUUGAGAAGAAUAAUGCGGAAAUGGAGUUAAUUAUGACAUUUGGUAUUUUGGGGAAAGUUCAAUGUAAAUUAUGCACGGAAGCAAUGCGACCAGUUGCAAAAGAAUUACACAAAAACUCAUCAAAGGAAGAGAUAAAAAAAGCCCUUGAUAAAGCAUGCACCAUAAUUCCUGACAGAAGUCUACGGCGAAAGUGCCGUGAAUCGAUCGAAAAAAGGGGAGAUUCUAUUGCAGAUAAAAUCGUUGAAAACCUCUCAGCCGGUGCUAUCUGCAAACUUCUUGAAUUCUGUUGAUUCUUGAAAUCGAAACUUGAGGUUUAAUAAGUCUCUAAAAAUAUUACUUCAAUUACCAAACAUCUCUUUCAUGUAUUCAAUUAAAGUUGAGAGUUCAAUAAAAGAAGUUAGAAGU